AUGGAACGGAAUCUCGAAAAAUUCCAAUUCCAUUGGAAUGCCCAAAAGUGUUGGAAUUCCUUGACAAAUUCCACUCUUAGAGAAUGUGUACAGAAACUCCAACUUCUAAAGACACCUGAGGAGCGUGAACGCAGAUUACGUGAAGUCCCGGAGGUUCAUUCCGAUCCAAAAAUGAAUCCUGAUUAUGAAUCCGAUGACACCGAAGAGUACUUCAACAACGAACACGGAGAACAUCAGAAGCCCAAGUUUUCUUGGGUCAGUGGCACAAACACAAUCUCUCCUCAAAAGAGAGCUGAAAGUUCAAACGAUCAAAAUCAACCCAAAGACAUGGGAACCCCCAACGUUGAGGAGGAUUCCAUCAAGCCUACAGGGACAUCGGAAAUGGAAAAAGACAUGAUGGAAUCAAAUCCCCCGGUGGAAUCACCAAAAGAGGUCAAUUGUAACGGUUCAAUGAUCCCGGAAUCCAAUCCCGAACCUCCUGUGAGCUCGUCGCUACCCACCAUUGUAGUACCGGAAUUCAAGAUUGAAACUCCUGUGAGGUCAUCGGUACCCACAAUUGUAGUACCGGAAUCCAACAUUGAAACUUCUGUGAACUCAUCGGUACCCACCAUUGUUGUACCGGAAUCCAAGAUUGAAACUCAUGUGAGGUCAUCAUUACCCACCAUUGCACCGGAAUCCAAAAUUGAAACUCCUGUGAGGUCAUCAUCACUAUCCACGAUUGUAGUACCAGAAUCCAAGAUUGAAAUUCCUGUGAGCUCAUCAUCACUACCUACCUUUGUAGUACCGGAAUCGAAGAUUGAAACUCCUGUGAGGUCAUCAGUACCCACCAUUGUAUCGGAAUCCAAGAUUGAAACUCGUGUGAGCUCAUCGCUACCCACUAUUGAACCGGAAUCAACACCUUCUUCAUUUCUGUCCAUGUUGGAAAUCCCAUCUCCCAAUGAUGACAUGUGGCACUACCGGGACCCGAGUGGAAACGUCCAAGGCCCGUUUUCUAUGUUACAGUUGCAUCAAUGGAGUAUCCGUGGAUACUUUCCCAAUGAUAUGAGGGUAUGGGCGGGUCAAGAGGCCAAUUCUGUACUUCUAAAUGAUGUAUUGCAACAACAGUUUAAUAAUCCCUACAAUGACCCAUGGCCCGGAAAUGAAAAAGUCAAUAAUCAAAUUGAGGAAGUCAAUGUUCCCGAAACUUCAUAUGCUAUGGACUCCGUCAAUCUUGAAAAGUUACCCGAUUCCGAAGAUAAUAAUUACAAUUUGAACUGUAACCCCCCAAAUAUGUCCAUUUCGAGUCCAAGUCCAAGUCCAAGCCCAAGCCCAAGCCCAAGCCCAAAGGGGACCGAUACUGAUAUCAAUCAGCAUGUUUCUCAAGUUUUUCCUGUUGCAGAUGAAGCCCUUGUGGAUUUGCAAAGUCAACUGUUGAAGAAGGAAAGUCAUGAAAAUGAAAAAGACAAACAACAGUCUGCACAACCUUCCGGAAACCCAAACCCAAACCCGACCCCGAACCCGCCUACGUGGAGUACUGCUUUAAGUUUAGUGAUUGGUGGGGCCCAAUUACCUGAAACAGGUGAUGAAUGGGGUCGCUAUCCUCCUAAGCCUGAGGAAUGGGGGUCGGCCCGGGUAUCGGUUUCUCCUUUAAAACCUCUAGAAGUAUUGGAUCAUCAGGUUGGUAGUACAAAUAUGGAUCAAAUUAUGCAUCAUCAUUCAUCGCCUCCCCAAUCAUCACAACCGUAUCAUGGUUUGCCAGCAUGGCAUGGACUUGGUGUUGGUGAAACCAUUGAGUUUGCCACAUUGGCAGAGGAAUCCGUUUCCGAUCUUUUGGCGGAAGUUGAUGCAAUGGAAUCCCGGAAUGGAGUCCCGUCUCCGACUUCUAGAAGGAAUAGUUUUCUUGAAGAUUUGUUUAAUGGUUCCAUGGAUGAUUUCAGCCCGACUGAUCAGGAUACAGAUAUGCAUUUACAUCGUCAAUCACAUCACUUCUCAUUUGGCCUUGAGACUAAACCCACUGGAGCGGUUGCUAUUCCGACCACAAAUUCCGAUCAUAUGGGGUUUAAAUGGGCUGAGAUGGGCGGUUCUGAGCUCCCACCGCCACCGCCACCACCACCGCCUCGCCAAGACAUGAUUGAUUUAAACGAUUCUACUAGGGCUGAAACUGACGAGGGAGAAAGAGACGAUCUAGUUGAAGAAAAGUCAAGAAACGGUAUACUUCCACUGCCACCACCGCCACCGCCACCGCCACCACCACUGUCUCCGCCUCCUCCACCGCCGGAAUCACGUGGAGGACGGAAGUCGAAAAGUGUUGUAUCAGGUUGGCCGGGUGAACGGAUAAAAGCGGUGGCAGCAAGGAAAUUUAGUGCGUUUCCGGAUGUGGAGGAGGAAGAAGGUGAGUUUAUCCAGCCGGAUGCACCACCACCACCGCUGCCACCGCCACAAUCACAACCGCCGCUGCUUCCGCUGCCGCUGCCGCUAACGAUGGGAUUUGACGUUGUGGAAGCACGAAGAAUGGGGUCAGAAAAGUAUACAGGAAGAGCAUCUCAGGUAGCCACCAGCGGAAGUAGAUCCUCCCAUAGCCGGAGUGUGAAUGUAGGGCGGGAGUCCUCCUCUCACCACAGGAGGUCUAGUGGGGGGGACAGAUAUAGCAACAGUAACAGUAUCAGUAAAAGUAUCAGUCCAAGAGAGAGGACACAUCAUGGUGAGGAUUCAGGACAUGGUAGAAGCUCUACCAGUAGUAGAGCUUCAUGGGGUAGGCAGUCUUCAUUCAGUAGUGGCGGCAGCGGUGGCGGUGGCGCUGGUGGUUAUUCGAGGGCGCCGCCAUCGAAAGGGCAACGUAUAUGUAAAUUUUAUGAGAGUGGGAGGUGCAAGAAGGGAUCUUCAUGCAGCUAUCUACACCAACAAGAGAGGUAA